UAUUAUUAAUUAUUAAAUGUUAAUUAAUCAACAGUGUUUAAUUAGUGAACGAAGGAAAUAAGUUUACCCAAUAAACACCACUGAAGAGGAAGAGUAACUAACCUAAAAUCAUAUAACCUGCAAAUUCCAAAAUGUUGCUUAAUAUAAGAACAGGAAUUUCAAAAGCGGCGAGCUCCAGAAAAGUAUUACAAAGAUUGUAUAGUCAAGCAGCAGCCACUGAAGUAGCAACACCAAAACAAGGAGAAAAUGUUAAAAACAAGAUCGUCGAGUAUCGUCAUAUUUACCCUGAAUUUUUACCGGAUCCAAAACCCGAUUUUAGGAAUCAACUGCGGGAAAAGCUUGAACGUAGUGACAUGAUAGCGCGUAGGACUCAAAUUGAAAUUCCCGAGUUCUAUGUUGGUUCAAUUUUAGCAGUAACAUCUUCAGACAAACACUCCCCAAGCAAAAACAACAGGUUUGUGGGCAUUUGUAUUGAGCGGGCAGGUUGUGGCUUAAGGGCACAUUUUACAUUGAGAAAUGUCAUUGAUCAUCAAGGCGUUGAGGUAAAAUUUGAACUGUAUGAUCCCACUCUUCACAAAAUUGAGGUGUUGAGGCUAGAGAAGAGGUUGGAUGAUAAGCUGUUCUACCUGAGGGAUGCUCUACCUGAAUACAGCACUUUUGAUCCUAACAUGGAACCAGAAACUUUACCAGAAGGCACACCUGUACCAGUAAAUACAAUAAAAGUUAAACUUAAACCAAAACCAUGGUUGGAAAGAUGGGAAAGACAAAAUUUGAAGGGUGUUCAAGAUUUAGGUUUGCCUGAGAGGUUCUAUCAACGUGCUAAAGAACUUGAAAAACCAUGGGAAAAAUAUGAUUUGAUGAAAGAAUACAUGAGAACAAUUCCAGAAGAAGAGCAAUCUGAAAUAUUUACUGAAGUGCAGACGCACCUCCACAAAUUAGAGGUAACCAGGAAGCAACUGAAGAGGAAGAGGGUGUUUGUUAAGCCCAGUAAACUAGCUUAAUUUAUAUAAUAAAUGGUUAAUAAUCUUG